AUGGCUUUGUACGUGAAAGCUGCCGAGAUUAUCGAGAAAGUUCUGGUGUAUGACCUAGUUGUUGGUAAGGGGCUGCAGUGUGGCGGGGCCUGGAAGGCUCUGAUGAUGAAGCACUGCUCCAGACUGCAGGCUGCCCUGGCCGGCAUGAAGAUCAAUCAGAAGGUCAGCUGCAACCAGGACCUACUCUCCUCCAGUCCCCAGCAGCCUGAAGGCUAUCAGCUCCCAAGGUAUGUGCGUGUGAACAUAUUAAAGACCACGGUGGAGGACGCCAUCGAUUACCUAAAGAGAGAGGUCUUUCGCCUUCCUGGGACAGGCCUACAAAGUCAGCUCAAUGACCUGAAUCUGAAGGGGAAUCUGGGUGACCUGCAACUUUCAGACCUGCUGGUUGUCUCUGCGAAGACAGACUUCCAUGACCACAAUCUCUACAAGGCUGGCCACAUCAUUCUACAAGACAAGGUACAAGGCCAGCUGUCUCCCUGCAUACUUCGUGAACCCUCUUACAGGCAGCCAUGUCCUGGCUCCUGUACAGCGCCGGGGAACAAAACCAACCACCUCUCCGCCAUCAUGAAUAACAAAGGAAAGAUGCACCUCAAUGACUCAGAAGGACUCACAAGUCAAGGAUGAGACGCCGGCAUCCCAAAAGGAGCACGACAGUCCUCGUCUGAAGGCCCUGGCAGUGUUCCAGCUGCACUGUCUCAACCACGCCAGGCACUUCCUUCGUCUGCAGCGACUCCACCGGCUCCAUUCACACAGAGGAAUGAGCAAGUGGUUGCCGCCUGCCUGCAGCAGAACCCAGGCUUCAGUUAGGAAACAAAUAUUAAUCUAAUGAUCAAUUCCCAAAUUGAAUAGAGAUUAUCAUGGAACUGAAUAAGUAUUUUACCUAUCUGGGUUUCUGUGAUUGUAAGAACAGUAAAGCAUUGUCUUGUGGCAACCUUUGAUCUGAGACACCAGCUCUGUUUCCACCCUUUGUUAAUGCAGGCUGGUUCCUCUGCUCCAAAAGUGGCCAGAGUGUUGCUCUGGCUACCCUCGCAGUGUCACCAAGCCAGCACCACCAAAGCCCUCACCCACAGCUUCUUUGUGGUCCUGCUGGAGUGACAAACAGCACAGAGUCUAGAACAGCCGGCCUCUCAAACACUUUGAGUAGCAGUCAUAUUUUUAAAAAAAAAUUAACUAGGCAAGUCAGUUAAGAACAAAUUCUUAUUUACAAUGACGGCCUACCCUGGCGACGCAGGACCAAUUGUGCACCGCCCUAUGGGACU